GAGCGUUUCAAGAGCGUGAGCGGAGAAAUCCGCGCGACCGUGUGUGGAAUUCUCCGGCCCCAAGGCUCUUUCAUCACAGUCGAUCCAUUCUUGACAAGAUACAAGCCGGAGAAGGGCCAUGUCGUGAUCGGGCGUAUUGUAGAGGUGAUGUGUUCUUCGCUAGUGAGCGUUGGCUCAAGGAUUUCUUCGUUUCUGCAAGGUUGCGCAAGGGAGCUGGAGGGUGGACAUCAGCUGCGAUCGCCAUGCUCGAUUGGAGCUAUCGUCUGUGGAUCUGCCAGCGAGCAUCCAGGUAACUUACGUCGAUUCUCUUCGUGAUCUUCGAGCCUGUCCGUGAUCCAGCGACGAAGAACUGCCGCGGAUGAGCUCAACAUGCGAAACUUUCUCGUCGAAACCGAUGUCAUCAGGAUUGUUUUUGUGUUUCUCCCUCGAUCACGCUCACGAUUCUAUCUACCCAGGCCGAGAUCACCAAGGCCGAUCAAGGCUGGCCAGCGGAGCUCUACAGACUGGGAACGUUUCAGAAGCUCGCCUAUGGAAACCUCAAGAAGGGCCAAGCUGUCAAGGUGAAACCAUACCUGCUCAAGAUGAAGAAGCACGUCCAUGUCUUCCACGCCAAGGAGUGCCAAGUGAGAUCAUCUUCGGCUGCAAUGGCAGGGUCUGGAUUGGCGAUGCGAACCAAGGCGAUGAGGUCGAGCAGGAGCUUUCGAUUGGCACCAGGGAGGUGAUUUGCCGCCUCGCAAACGCCGUGAGGGCGAUGAAUGCCGCGGGAGUGCUCAUCUGGUUCGAGCGAGUCGUGGAGGCUUUCGACAAGAGCCUCAGCUCCGCCACCACCAUCAGAGAAAUGCUGGACUCCAGAUUCGAGCACCAAGUUUCUCAAAGUAGCUGGAACAAAUCGAAGAGAUCUUCGGGAAGAUCAUCCUUAUAUCAUACCUUUCUCGAUGGAUCUUAGUGUUCUUUCGGGAUUCUUUGGAGAAUGUUGCCAAUUCCGUGCU